AUGGAUGCCGCUUCUGUUGGCGAGCAUGAAUUGGUCCUCAAGGACUCCUGCAGACUGGAAACAAAUGCUGGCAAUCUUCUGAUGCUUUGCCUGGCACCAUGCAGCAUCGGCGCAGGGAAGUUGACAUGCAGGCUCGCUUUCCGGCCCUACCCCUGCCUGACCCGCCGUUUCUUCAGUCACCUGAUGUCUGGCGGAUCACAGGUUCGGGCACCAUGCUCCCCGAAUGCAUCUGAUCACAGCAGCUCUGCAUGGAGGCGCCCCCUGGCGGCUGACACAUGGAAACGGCUGCCUCGAGUCGAUUCCACGCCGCGCACCCCAGGCUCGGCCAGCCCCAGGCUCAGACUCAUGCCCCGCCUCAGCCAUCCUUGCGGCCAUGCUCCUCUGCGGCGGCCAGCGUGCUGGCGGGGGGAAUGA